ACCACUUGGUAUCGCCUGUCAUGAAGGUCAUACAGAAAUAGUGAAACUACUACUGGAGCAUAAAGCUGAUGUUAAUAUAGCUGAUGAUGACAAAGAUGCACCACUUGGUAUCGCCUGUCAUGAAGGUCAUACAGAAAUAGUGAAACUACUACUGGAAAAAGCUAAUAUCAGUCACACUAAUAAUAAAGGAUGUACACCACUUGCUAUGGCUUGUAUUGGAGGAUGUAAAGAAGCAGUUAAAUUACUACUGGAGCAGGAUGGAAUUGAUGUCAAUGUCACUGAUGAAAAAGGAAAUACACCACUUGCUAUGGCUUGUAUCAGAAGAUCUAAAGAAAUAGUUGAACUACUACUGAAGCAUGAUAAAGUUGAUAUCAAUCACCGUAAUAGCCAAGGACAUGAUAAAGUUGAUAUCAAUCACCAUAAUAGCCAAGGACGUACAUCACUUGUUAUGACUUGUAUAGCAGGACAUGCAGACAUAGUUGAACUACUACUGAAGUAUAAUGCUGAUGUUAAUAUAGCUGAUGAUGACAAAGAUGCACCACUUGGUAUCGCCUGUCAUGAAGGUCAUACAGAAAUAGUGAAACUACUACUGGAAAAAGCUAAUAUCAGUCACACUAAUAAUAAAGGAGUAAGAGACAUGGAAACUUAUUGGGGCGAGCCUGA